AUGGCCAAAUCUAACACCAAGAAGAAUAAGUGCUCCAGAAGACAUCAAAAACCAAGCUCCAGAAAAAGAUCACAGCCCUGCACUGACUUUAGCCAAAAUUAUGCACUCUACAUUCGUAGGGUCCUAAAAGAAGUGGAUCCCCAGAAGAGUAUAUCAUCUCACACCGUGGACAUCAUGAACACCAUGAUCAACAACAUUUUUGAACGCAUUUCUACGCAAGCCUACAAUAUGAUGUGUUUCAGAAAUCGCUGUACCCUCACCCAUGAAGAUAUCCAGAAGGCAAUGUACAUGCUGUUUCCUGGAAAAAGAUCGAAGUACGCAGUGACUUUUGGAAGUGAGGCUGUACAAAGAUAUGUCCACUCCAAAAACAAUAUACCGCGUUAA